GGAGAGCCGUGUCCGGCCUAUACGUGGGAGCACUACCGGGCCGUCCCCGACAUGCGGGAUGUUGCCGGCAGACAGUGGCCCAACUUGGCUGAGCGAGUGAAGGGCGAGCUUUGGGAUUUCUACAGACUACAGGCCGGGAUGGACGCGCAGGCGGAUGUGGUUGCCGAGUAUCGCUGCAAAAAGCUCGUUACCGACAUGUUCUACGAGCAGCGCCUCCAGUCAAUCAUCAACUACCACGCCGUCGUCCUUGGACAGAAGGUCACCAAGGCGCAAGCAAGAACUAUGACGUUGACUGAGGAGCAGUACUUGCAGAUGGUUCCUCAUUGGUGUGCCCACUUUCCUGAGUGCUGGCAGCAGAUAGUUGCUAAGUGGUUAUCCGACGACUGGAACGCUGUGCACCAGGAGCGUCGUGAGCACCGUCUGACUAUGGCCGGUGUGCCACACCACCAAGUCGGCGGCACAUGGAGGGCAGCAGUGCAACAAAUUCAUGGCGUAUGCUCUAUCCCACAAGGGUAA